AUGCGUGCGUUGGGCAUUGCACAGCCGAACAACCACCAUCAAACGACCGUCACCAGCGGCACCACCUCCUCCACCACCGCCAGCAAUGUCGGCAGCGUCGGUGCGUCGACCGGUGGCAGCACGGCCGGAAUCAACGGUAAGAACGGCAACGGCGAACAAGGACACCACCACGGAACGGGGACCACCCUGAUCACGCUACCCCGCGCCAUCCCGGCCGGGAGCGACCGGUCGGCCGGGGACGGACACCGCCCGGGCGGGCAGUUGCGCGCGGGCGGGAACGGUGCGGGGGUGGCCGGUGGUGGCAGUGUCAGCGAUACCGCCGCCCAGGACACGAUCUAUCUGUGCAACUUUCGCGUCACCGUCGACGGCGAAUGGCUCUGCCUCAAGGAGCUGCAGGAUCUCGAUAUCAAAGACGGUCAGGCGGUGGCGGGCGGUGGCAACGGUGGCGCCGUUGGGACCGAUGCGCUGGGCGGCGGCGGAGGGGGUGCAGGCGGAGGAACCGGUGACUGCAACGCACUCAAUGCUUUCGGUAUAAUUGAGAACGUAAAAUGCGAAGAGAAGAUUAUCGAGCGCGAUUGGGUUAACUACUACUCACGCGAUCCGGCCUCCAUCGAGCGGAGCAAUCUGGUAAAGAUAUGCAAACUGGUGGUGAAGGAAUUGCUGGAGCAAUCGUUGCGCUUUGGCCGCAUGCUCGACUCGGACCAUCUGCCGCUGCAGCACUUCUUCAUCGUGCUGGAGCACGUACUGCGCCAUGGGCUGAAGCCGAAGAAGGGGCUGUUGGGCCCGAAAAAAGAGCUGUGGGACAUUCUGCAAAGCGUUGAACGGUACUGUGCCGAAGCGAUGGAUAUUACGUCCUCUGUCCGUGAUCUGCCCACGGUCCGAACGCAUAUGGGCCGGGCGAGGGCCUGGUUGCGGUUGGCGCUGAUGCAAAAGAAGCUCGCCGAUUAUCUGCAGGUGCUGAUCGAGCAUCGGGAUGACUCGCUGGCGGAGUACUACGAACCGCACGCACUGAUGAUGAGCGAUGAGAUCAUCAUCAUCGUGGGCAUUCUCGUGGGGUUGAAUGUCAUCGAUUGCAAUCUGUGCGUGAAGGAGGAAGACUUGGAUUCCCAGCAAGGUGUGAUCGAUUUUUCCCUGUACCUACGGUCCAGUUCCCGCAACAGCCCGGAUGAGGAAAACAACGGUGGGGUUGGGGGCGGAAUCGAUGACAGUGCCACCGGAGCCAUGACGGCCGUGCUGGACCAGAAGAAUUACAUCGAGGAAUUAAACCGACAUCUCAAUGCUACCGUCGCUAAUCUGCAAGCCAAGGUCGAAUCACUCACCACGACCAACGCACUCAUGAAGGAAGAUUUGGCCAUCGCACGGAACAGCCUAAUGGCACUGCAGGCGGAAAAUGCUGCCCUUCGGCGGGCAUCCCAACACGGACAUCCGAUCGAGGACAAAACGAACGUGCUGGACCGGUUCGAUCCGGAAAUGGCUGAAACCCUUGCGGAGGAGCGCAAAAAGCGGCAGGAGAUCGAGAAAGAGCUGGAUCUGCAAGUAUCGCUGAAAGCGGAAACGGAAAUGGCCAUGAAGCUGCUGGAAAAGGAUAUACACGAAAAGCAAGAUACGAUCGUUUCGCUGCGCCGUCAGCUAGAGGACAUCAAGUCGAUCAAUCUUGACAUGUACCGUAAGCUACAGGAGUGUGAAGCGUCGCUGAAGCACAAAACAGAGCUAAUGUCACGGAUGGAGACGCAGCGCGAAUCGAUGGCCAGUGCGAUCUCGCAGCUGGAAAAAAAAUACAGCUCAGAAACCGCUAGCCUAAAUGCUCUGCAAGAAUCGUCCCAGGCGUUAUCACUGCAAGUGGUCGCAAGCGAGCAGAGGGCGGCUAGAGCCGAAGCCGAUCUACGCAUCGAGCGCGAAUGGCGAACAGCCAUGCAGGAAAAGGAGAUGGAACACAAAGAGGUGAUUAGCGAAUUGCAGCUGCAGGUGAAGCAGCUUACGGAUGAUUCAAAGCAACUCGGGAAAGCCAAUGUCGAACUGGAAAAACUGCGCAGUCAAUGGGCCGAAGAUCAGCGCACGCUGGAGGAGCUUGGCGUACAGCUGAGCGUGAGCAAGUUACACAUUUCGGAGCUGAAGGAACGAACGACGGGCAGCCCACACAAUCAUUACGAUAGCAACCGAGAUGGUGACUCAGUGACCGGCGGCAACGGGGGCGGUUGGACGCCGGACAAGGUCGUGUCAAAGUGCACGGGAUGUGAAAAAGAGUUUAGCAUGACACGACGAAAGCAUCAUUGCCGAAACUGUGGUAAAAUAUUCUGUUCCAGCUGUUCGGAGCACGUUGCCACGCUAGCGACGGCGGAUCAGCGGCAGCAAACGGCAAACGGAAGCAAACCGGUGCGCGUGUGUAACCAUUGUUGGGAAAAAUUGGCCACGAAGUAA